AUGCUGUUACCUGACAAGAAGAUAGCCAUCAUUGGCAGCGGCGCGGCCGGCAUGGCUGCUCUCUGGGCCCUUCACCAGCAUUCUCCUCACCAGGUCUACAUCUACGAGGCGGCUCCUCGCCUUGGAGGUCACAUCAACACAGUAGAGUUCAAGAAGGGAGAAGAUAGCGUCAAUGUCGACACUGGAUUUAUCGUGCUCAACAACUCCACCUAUCGUGCGUUUCCUCCUCCAAACUUGAAGCUUGGUCUGACCGAACAGCCAACUUUCUCAACUUCCUCAAAGCCAUCAAUGUCCCAACCACUCCCUCGGAGAUGUCAUUUAGUGUUUCGCGAUUCUCCGACUCGGGCUCCUUUGAAUGGGCAGGCUCCUCCCUGAGAAAUCUUUUCGCUCAAAGCAGAAACCUGUUCUCUCCUUCAAUGUGGCGGAUGGUCUUUGAUAUGGUGAGAUUCAAUCACUUCGCCCCUGAUCUCCUCCGCCUACCCGACGUGGACAAUACUAUGUCUAUUGGAGAGUACCUCGAGAAAGAAGGAUACUCGGCAUUUUUCCGCGACAACUACCUAAUCCCAUUGACGGCGUCAACGUGGAGCACGAGUCCAGACAAGUGCAACUUGCAAUUUCCUGCCGUGACUCUCAUCCGGUUUCUGUACAAUCACAACCUGCUUAAUACGCUCGGGCGGGGUCUCGAGUGGCUCUCCGUGACCGGUGGCGCAAAGAGCUAUAUUGAUACCAUAAUGGCCAACUUUCCUUCCAAACAAGUGUUCUUGAAUCAGCCCGUAAUAUCCGUCGUGAACGAUCCAGCCACGGGUAGUGUUACAGUCACCACUGCCGACGGCACGACAGCCACCUACGACCACGUCAUCCUCGCUACGCCCGCACCUCAAGCACUCUCCCUAGUAUCUAAAACAGCAACUCCACUAGAAAGUUCCAUCCUCUCAGCCUUCGAAACGACCACCAAUACCGCAGUAUGCGUUACGUAUAACAUGAACCGGGCGCAGGGGGUCUCGCAUGCGAAAUACGGGUCGGUGUUGGUGACGAUGAAUCCGCUGUUUAUGCCGGACGUAAGAACAAUCCAGGGAGUGUUUCAGUAUGAACAUCCGCUGUUUACUCCGGCGGCAGUGCGGGCGCAGACAAUGCUACCGAGGAUUCAGGGCACAAGGGGGAUCAGUUACGUGGGGGCGUGGACGAUGUAUGGGUUUCACGAGGAUGCGUUUACGAGUGCGUUUGGAGUGGUGGAAGAGUUGGGAGCGAAGAUUCCGUUUCCAGUGGCUGACAGUCGGUUGAGAGGGGGUGCAGUGAAGGAGGUGAGAUGGUUGGAAUAUGUGUUUAGAUUGGUGUUGCAGGGAGUGCAGGGUUUGAUUGUGUGGCUGGUGGGAGGGGGAAAAGGGAAGCAGAAGGCGAGGUAA